AUGCCAUCCACCGCCAGCCAUGCCGAUAGCGCCAUGGCCGAGACUGAAACACAUGCCAAUCGACUCUUUCGACUCCUGAACGACGACUCGGACGCCUCGCCCCUCGAUCCCUCCAGCCCAGGCCAGACGACAGCGACGCAGCCGCUGACCCCGGCCUUCGACCUCUACCAAGCCUCGUGGGCCGACGCCUCAGCCCAGUCUGCUGAGCGAAUCUCUGCCACCAUUGCCAGGCUCGACGCCGCUCUGCACACCUACCUCCUCGCGCAGUUCUGGGAGCGGUUCAACGCGUGCAUCCGGCUCGUCCACCAGGCGGCUUUCCUCGCCGGUCUGGAGGAGCACCACCACGACCACCACCACGACCACCACGCCUCGCCGUCGUCGGGCCGCUACUGCCCCUGCCGCCACUUCUACUCGCCCGAACUGCAUCUCGCCGUGCUGGCCAUGGGCCUGCGCCGCGCCGACCGCUCGCGCCCCGACAUGGCACCGCUCUUGCUGCCGGACCACGACUCUACGCUGCACCGCGACCUGAGAGACGUGGCCGGCCUUCUGCCGCCGCGGAGCAGCAUUUCCAACCGGUGGACGCUCGCCCAGGUCCAGGCCGUGGUGAUCCUCGCCCUCCUCGAGCGCGAGCGCGGCCGGGACCAGUCUGCCCGGCUCGCCCUAGACUCGGCCUUGACCAUGAUCCACGACAUCCAAGCGGGCAGCGGCGCCCCGGAUCUUCUGUCCAUGCACGUGUCCGACGACGAGCUGAUCGUCCAGCGCAUGACGCUGCGCGCCGCCUGUCUGAUUCACAGCCACUGGAGUGUAUUCGACAAUGGCCUCGAGCUCACGCCCGCGCCGUCCACCAACGGCUCAUCACGCGGGGAUCUUGUGUCGUGGCCCCGGCACCUCCGUGGCAAUUCGCGCCUGCUCGUGCCCCAAGGCGCGGACGUGGACUUGCAGAUCUACAACGCCCACCUGGCGCUCAUGGGGAUCGCAACGGACCGCGAGGACGACGACUGUGCGGACAACGGCCCUGGGGACCAGGAUCCUUUCUGCCGUGUCACCCGGCUGCACACCCGGUUAAAACGCUGGUACGCCAGUCUGCCGAGCCACCUGCGAUGGAGCACCGAGCAGUCCAAGCACUCGGGGCCUCCAAGUUUAUUUCUACUUCACCAGCAAUACCACGCUGUCCUAAUUCUGCUAUUCCGCCCUUUGAGCUCCGAGGAGUCGCUCCAAAACAUUCUAUCACCGUUGGAUGCGGCCACGACUUGCCACCAACUUGCCGCCUCGAUCGCCAGUCUCACGCUCUCUCACGCGAUGCAGUUAGCAUCCUUACUCUCCGAAUCAGUCGAGCAGUUCGAACUCGGGGCGAUUUUGCCUCUGGCACUUCAACAAGGGGCCCUGGCAGCCAGCGUGCUCUUGAGCAGCGCGCCGAAUAUCAAGAACGAAAGUACGCGCAGCUCAGUCUCUCGCCAACUCGACCUCCUGCAGCGGUUCUUUACGAAAACCUCCGCCGUGCACAUCCCGGCUGAGAGACUAGUUGGGAUUUUACUGAAUAUUAGAGGUCCAAGCGAAAGUACUACCACUCUUCUGAAGCAGACGUGGCAACCUGUCCCGUUCUCUCCGGGGAGAGACGCCGAAUGUCUGGGCGACUGUCAACAUUUAAUGUCCUUAGAUGGGCAUGAUGGAGCGCUGUCACGGCGGGACGACCAGUCCAAUCGAGGGGAGCCUGCUGGAGGUCACUUACUCGACGAAGGAGGUGUUGAGACGGGCCUUGUAGCGCCCUCCCCUUACGUGUGGACAACGACAGGUCAAGGUCCCCAUGAGGCUGAGCAACUCAUGGACUCUUCCGGAGAUAGAAGUGAAAUUUUAGUAUCACCGCCGGCAGAUGAAUCGAAUGGACGUCUGCGUGGUCGACAACUCGAUGCCACACAAGGAGCCAUUCUCCCAGAAACACCGACGUCCCCACAGAGCGUUUCGAGGGCUUUUAGUCCUUUGACGCCGAUGCAAACACUCUUUGCUCCAGCAGAUUCUUCAAAUGUCCAGCAAACCACCCACAACCAAGAAGUUCUCCCCGUUGGUGAUCAUGCCACGGACUCUUGGGAUGAUGGCGACGCCGUUAGCGUCUCCUGGUCGGAAACAUUCAAGACUCUCCACGCGGUGAACCGACGAACUGCUGGUGAGAAGCUGAGCUCCAACGAGUUCGGCGACGUUAUGGGCUGUGUGUUUCAGCUGUAGUGGCUAUCACUCGAAGACCCUUCUGCUCACUGCGCAUACUUGACGCAGUCCCGCUCGACUACCAUGGUGUCUCGUGGUCAUUACUCACAGUUCUCUCCCAACCUCAAUGCACUCCGUCAAGGCCCUGGAAAACCAUUUCCAAUGUCGAAAGCACCACCGUCGUUCGAUGAAAAACCAAGAUCAUACAGUGGCGGGUUUGAACUUUCAAGAAAAUCAUAGUUUGAUAGACUCUCCAUCCACGAUUGCCAGAAUAUCUCGUCAUCCUCUUUGAAGGGAGAAGUUUCCAGCGCAGGGGCUGUCGGCGUCCCGGACGGUGCGGAAGGGGAAUUGUGCAGCAUGGUAGAAAGCCACAUGCCGUUGGGCUGCCAAUCAUUCGGAGGGG